CUUCCUCCUGAAAAGCAAAGGGCAAACACACUGAGGCAAAGCAAAAGAGAAAGACUUAUUUUCUUUUUAUUUUUCCUUUUUUUCGCUAUGACCUGUUAAAAGAUGCGAGUAUGGAGUGACGGCCUGGCUUAGGUGGACAUGUAGCUCUUAGGGUCGUGUGGUUCCCGCGGGGUGGUCGUUUGUGUGUCCUCAUCACCACCACCACCGCAAGCACCACCCUCUACACCCACCACCACCACCAAACACCAUCCACCGCAUUUCCCUUCCACCACCAUCACUCCACCACACCCAUCACCACUCCUCCUUCUCUUCCUCUAUAAUAUCCAGUAACGCGACGAAGGUCAGUUAAAAGAGGAAUAACAAAUCGACGAGAGUGAGGAGGAGGAGGAGGAGGAGGAGGAGAAGGAGGCGUUGAGAGUGAGGCGGCAGGAUGAGGAAGGAGGUGGAGGAGUUACGGAUCAGGAUAAGAAAACUACACACCGACAGGAUCUUUUGAAACGUGAUCCACUUAUUAGACGGGACAGGAACUUCGUGGAUUGCUGUUUUCCUUAAGCUGAAGGAUUCCGUCGCUGGCAGGAUACCUACAGCCACAGGUCCUGCAAAGCGGCGCCGAGAAUGGCCGACACCGACAGAAGGCCCGACAGGAGGGUGGUGGUGAUGUUAAAACUACUUCAGGGACUUUUCUUGACGCUUCUCCUCCUUCCAGAACAGACAGCUGGUCUGGGUGUCAGCUGGGACUGGCAGCGCUGGUGGACCUAUGACGGCAUCUCAGGGCCACAGUUCUGGGGGCUCAUCAAUCCGGAGUGGUCCCUAUGCACCAAUGGUCACCGCCAGAGUCCCAUCAACCUGGAUCCUUCAACACUCCUCUAUGACCCAAACCUGAGACCUCUUCAUGUUGAUAAGCACAAGGUCAGCGGCGUGGUCAACAAUACAGGUCACAGCGUGGUCUUCACCGUCGACGAGGACCACGAGGACCCAGCUCUUAACGCGGCUGUGGGCGGCUUGGGCGGAGUUCCUGGGAGUCUGGUAGGCGGCGCGGGGGUAAUGGGCGGUGCUGGGUCCCUCGGGCGGCCACUAGGAGAGAACAUAGGUGUGGAGGGCGGCGUUGAUUACCUCCACAGGGUACACAGACAUAAGAACCCGCCCUUGAAUAUCACAGGCGGUCCUCUCUCCUACAGGUACAGGGUUGGUCAGGUCCAGCUCCACUUCGGCUCCAAAGACCACAUGGGAUCCGAACACACAGUAAACGGAACCUCCUUUCCUGCCGAGAUUCAGAUUUACGGCUACAACUCUCAACUGUUCAACAACUUCUCAGAGGCAGUGUCCCGCGCUCACGGCAUUGUGGCCAUCUCCGUCAUGAUACAGAUAGCGGAGAGAGGGAACCCUGAGCUGCGCCACUUGACGGACGCCAUGGAGAAGAUCAGGUACGCCGGCAGCUGGGCCCCCGUGGAACACCUGAGCGUGAAGGGCCUCCUGCCGGGGACUGAAAACUACAUGACCUACGACGGUUCCCUGACGCAGCCGCCAUGCCAUGAGACCGUCACGUGGGUGGUGGUGAACAAGCCCAUCUAUAUCACCAAGCAGCAGCUGCACGCCCUGAGGAAGCUGCACCAGGGCACCAAGAAGAGUCCCAAAGCUAAGAUGGUGAACAACUUCCGCCCCACGCAAAACAUGUACCAUCGCCCCGUCAGGACUAACAUUGACUUCACCAACGGCAGGAACCUCAACUGUCCCACCAUGGCGCGCCAGAUGUACUACACAGCCAACACGUGGAGGUAAUAAGAGAGACCAACUAGAAGCUUUACCUCCCUCACCCCGCCCCGCCCGCUGCUGCUGCCGCCUCCCUGGUCGACGUGGUGGCGAUGGUGGUGGUCACGACAGCGGAGGUGGAUAAAAAAAAAAGGGAAUAAGAAAAGAAAGGAAAAAGAACCGUAAAAUCUUCACAUUCUUGCAUUGUUACCGAGGAGGAAAAAAAAGAAUGACAAGACCUUCUGAUUCCUGAAGAAGUUCCAGUGGGAGGAAGAGGAGGAAGAGGAGAAAGAGGAGGAAGAGGAAGAAGAGGAAUAGAAGAAGGAGGAAUGCUGUGAAAUCGGUGCGAGUGGGCGUUGGUUGGGUGACAGAAAGGUAAAGAAGGACAAGACAACCUUCUAUUUCUCUCCCUCCCGACAUUCUCCCUCCUCCCCGCCCCGCCCGACUCACGCCCCGCACUCAACACAGCGAGGGGACACCAACACCACCUCUGAUAUUCUGUGAGUGAAUGAAAAGGAAGAAAAUAAAAAGCCUGAUCUUUCUCACUGCAGAGGAGAGACAGUAAAGCUGAAAAUCUCUGACCAUCAUCUCAUUCAAGGUCAAUGAUGGAGGAGGAGGAGGAAGAAGAGGAGGAGAAAGAGUAAAAGUGAGAGAAGUACUGAAAAGAUUAAGAGGUGCAAAACAAUGUUACAGUGUGUGUGUGUGUGUGUGUGUGUGUGUGUGUGUGUGUGUGUGUGUGUGUGUGUGUGUG